AUGGACCACUAUCCAGAAGCUUGGGGACGACCUAGAAACGAUGUUUACGGCUCUUAUGACCAUUCUCGUCUCCAGACUACAGGGUCCCUAUCCCAUACACAAUCUCCAAUAGUCACGGGAACCUCUGUUCUUGCGGUUAAGUUUAACGGUGGAGUUGUUAUGGCUGCUGAUAAUCUUGCUUCCUAUGGUUCCCUUGCCCGUUUUCAGGAUGUGAAGCGCCUUCGCAUUUUUGACAAUACAUCUGUCGUCGGUUUCGGUGGCGACGUCUCUGACAUGCAAUACAUUGAUCGUGUUUUAAAUUCCCUUGAUAUUACAGAGAACUAUGCUUCCUACGGUCAACAUACCCUUACUGCCAAGAAUCUACAUACCUACCUCUCGAAAUUGCUUUACAAACGUCGUUCAGAAUUUAACCCUCUGUGGAACCAUAUUUUAGUGGCCGGCUUUGAUCAAGAGGGCAUACCGUUCUUGAGCUCGGCGGACUUACUAGGCACUACCUUUUCGGCCUCAUCGUUGGCUACGGGUUUCGCUGCGCAUCUGGCCAUUCCGAUUUUGCGAAGAUUAUUUCCUGAGGACAUGCCAAUAGAAAGCAUUACAAAAGAGCAGGCUGUUAAUGCGGUUAAGGAAUGUAUGAAAGUUCUUUACUAUCGCGACGCAAGAAGUCUAGACAAAUAUUCCAUCGUUGUCAUUACGAAGGAUGGUGUUGACUUGAAGGAGGAUGAACAUCUGGAAAAACAAAGCUGGGAAUUUGCGAGUGGCAUAAAGGGAUAUGGUGCCCAAGUCGAGUGA